AUGGAUUACACCAAAGUAUUCUUACUGUUCUGCCUCAGUGCGUUGAUGCUGCUCGGUGCUUCGAUUGCAGCCACAGAAGCGGAAACGGAAACAGGAACGGAUCCGAAGCCGAGCCCCGUUCAGCUCUCGGAGGCUGGAGAAACUGCCCAGAGUGAGGCGGGAGAUGAGAACGUUCGCAAGGUUCGUCAGUUCUUUGGCCCGCCACCGCCUCCGCCCUUUUUUGGACCACCCCCACCACCCUACUACGGAGGCUAUGGUGGAUACGGCGGCGGCUUUGGUGGCGGAUUCCAGCGCACUCGCGUCAUAACACGCACCCGCUACCGCGGCCGAGGAGGCUACUACGGCGGCGGCUUCUAUGGCUAA